CUAAAAACUCUACAUCUUGGCUCUGUGCAAGAAAUCAUAGGAAAACUGCUAAAAAUUUGUUACCUACAACCAUUGCAGAACAGAUCAUACAAGCCGAUGAAGAAAUUAUGGCAAGCGGUUUAGAACGAACUUGCGAGGAGACUGCAUUAAACGAUCACGGUAACAAAGUGAUUUAUCUCUCUCACAAGCUCCCGCUGAGGGAUGAAAAGACGGGAGAGGUGGUUGGGCUUUUAGGAACUAGCCUGGACAUCACCCUGCAAAAGAGAAAACAGAUUGAAGAAAAAGAGGGUAUCUAUGACUACCUAAUGGACAUCAUUGCCAAAGCGCCUGGUCAUUUCUAUUGGAAGAACAGGGAAGGUGUUUUUCUAGGCUGCAACGAUGCACAAGCCGUUAGUGCAGGGUUUAGAUCAGGUAAGAACCUGAUAGGUAAAACGGAUUUUGAUUUACCUUGGAAAAAGCAGGCUACUCAAAUUAGAGCCAUUGAUAUCCAGGUUAUGGAGAGCGGCAAAGAGUAUAUAACUGAAGAACUCAGUACCUUGGCUGAUGGUGCACAAGCCGUGUUCCUUUCUCGAAAAACACCCCUAUAUAACCGAAAAACUCAAUCGAUUGACGGCAUUAUCGGAAUCUCGCUGGAUAUUACCCAACUGAAGGAAACACAACAGCAACUCGUCGAAGCCAAAGAGCGCGCUGAAGCGGCCAACAAGGCCAAAACUGAAUUUCUCGAAAACAUCCGACACGAUAUUCGCACCCCCUUGGCUGGCAUCAACGGCAUCGCGUUUAUGAUGCAAGCCCAAACACAAGAUCCGGCGCUGAAAGCUUAUGCGGAUAUCCUCCAAAAUUCCUGUAGCACUUUCUUAGCUUUAGUGGAUGACAUCUUGGAAUCGGUG